AAAGUUAAGAAAACUAAAUUCUCUCUCUUCUCUCUAUUAUAUCAGUGGUAGCAGUUACAAAAUUUUCCUGUAUACAUAAACUCAAAACCCUACUUCCAAAAACUUUUCAAAAAAAACCACCAAUGUCUCGUCGGAGAAAUCAAAUCCAUUCAUCUCUCGUCUCCAUCGCCAUCCUAAUCCACCUCCAACUAAUCUCCGUCACCGUCGCCGGCGAUUCAAACGCCACCGAUUUCAUCCGUACAAGUUGUAACGAUACUCUAUAUCCCGACGUCUGUUACACAUCUCUCGCCGGUUACGCAAACGCCGUCCAACAAGACGCCGCCGCUCUCGUCACAAUCGCCUUAACCGUAACUCUCUCAAACGCACACCAAAUGUCCAUAUACACAUUAAACCUCACACGUUCACCCGACUACGUUUCCGAUCGCCGUUCCACCGCCGCACUCCGCGAUUGCGUUUCGCUUUUUAAAGACGCCGUUUGUCAAGUUCGCGAUUCGAUUAAACAGAUGAAGGAGUUGGGUCAAACGGGUGGUGGGGCUUCGUUUGAAUCGGUUCGGUUCGGGUUGAGUAAUGUGCAGACGUGGAUGAGUAGUGCCCUAACAAAUGAGGACACGUGUAUUGAUGGGUUUAAUGAGGUGGCGGAUGUGGGUUUGAAGAUGGACGUUUGUGAUCGGUCCACGAAUGUGAUACAGGUAACUAGUAAUGCACUUGCUUUGGUUAAUAGAUAUGUAGAUAAAUUGUUAGCCGGUUGAUUGUAUUUUUUUGAAUGUUUUGAAGCCGUUGGAUUGGGUUUACCUAAUCCAUGUGUGUUUGUGUGCUGUAAAAGGGUUGACAGCCUUGUUUGUUUAUAUGUGUGUGGUUGGUUGUAUUCAUGUGAUUGAUUGAUUAUAAGAAGUCUUUUUUUUAAU